AUAAAAGCGAUAAGACAGUCAAAGAUAAGACUUGUACGAACUUUAAUACCUACUUACACCUUUCAAAACUCAAAUUGAAAUAUUGAGAAAAGGUCAGACAAAUGAAUCGUUACAAUCCAGACCUUACAAUGGUCAUGGAAUUGGAAAACCCUAUGAAGUACGUACAAUCAAAGCCGAACACCUUGGUUUGAAAAAUUUAAGAGAAAAUUUGGCCAAAUUCAAGCUUCCAUGAUAUAUCAACAAAUCGUAUCAAUCGUCACGUUGACAUGGUUCGUUACACUCGUUAAUACAAAAAUUUGUCGUAUCGAGAUUCCGCAUUUAUUCGUCAGCAAGAAACAAUUCGGUCAUAUGAACGCGACGAACACACGAAGCUACGUCGAACUGCUGAAAAGCGAUUUCUACUUCGACAACAGCAUGUUGAUAAAUUUCUUAUUGGAUCCGAACGAAUACCGAAUUAUAGAAGUAGUCAUACCGUCAAAAUGGGGCAAAAGUAUCACUCUCGAUAUGAUGAAAAUCGUGUUACAGAUCCCAGUUGAUGACCAAGGUAACCCGAUUACACCUUUGGAAAAAGCUUUUAAUUAUCAACUAUUCUACAAAAGCCGAUUUAUCUCCGAUACGGAUGAAAAUUACUUCGAGCCUUUGAAACAACCUUUGCACAUAUCAAGAUGUGACACUCUGCUCGACAAAGUUCUCGGUAAAUUCCCGGUGAUUUAUUUGGAUUUCAGCGACAUGAACGCUACUACUUAUCAAGAUAUAAUUGAAAUAACGAGCGAACGAAUUAAACGAGCUUUUUUACAACACUCCUACAUGGAAAAAGUCCUACAAUCGAAUUCACACUGCGCUAUCUCACCUCAGCAACAAAACAACACCCGUCGUCAACUCGAUCAUUAUCGUAAAAUAAUCAACAAAAAAGCGAACUACGAAGACUUGAUAAAAAGUAUCGGAUUUCUUUCUCAUCUUUUAUACGAACAUUUCGGCGCUAGAUCAUACCUACUAGUCGAUAAUUACGAUGGUAUACUUUUAAACGUGCUCGCCAGUCCAGACAUCUCCGAUGUAGAGACUCCUUUAGCAUUAGCCUUUUUUUCAUCUCUAAUGCUGCAUACGUUUCAAACAAACACCUAUGUCGAAAAGGGUAUCUUAACGGGUACUUUUCCUUUACUAAAGUUGGUUCCGAAUUUAGGCAAAUUUAAAAGAUACAGAGGCAUGUUCACCAGCGUGCUGACGUUGAAAUAUGCUACGAAUCAUCGAGAUUUGAUAUCAUUACUCGAGUAUCUCGAAAUCCCUCAGGAUGUUUGUACCAGAGCUCUGAACUGGUAUUCGGGGCACACGUGGGGUAAAUUAAGACCCAUAUCGCUUUACAAUACGUAUUCCAUAGCCAAAUUCAUUACUACUGGUAGACUAGACUACUGUAAAUGUCGUAAUCCGAUUUUCGAACGUAUUUUUCGUAAUACUUUGACCUUAGCUAAUAUCCGUAUGUUUUGUAUCGAUAAACUAUUCGGUGAUUCUCGAGAAGUACUGAAAUCCGAUUCGUCGCAAAUCUCCAUCGACGAAUAUCUCGACCUCAAAAACUGCCUAAUCGGUUCCAAAACGCAUAAAACUUUCACUUUAGAAGAAGCCCUCGAACCGUAUUUACUAUCUGUUGGAAUUCUGUCACCCAACUCGAGCGAUGCGAUUACAACGUUCAUAAGUGUGUCGAGUAACGAAGCUAGAAUGGAUUUAGCGGAUAAACUAAUGGAUUAUUACAAGACUGAAUUUCAUAUAUCUACAUUAUCCAUAAAGACCGCGUUGAAAAGCUUGGCUAGUUUUAUGGCAGGACGUACACCAUCGUGUAAAGGUUUACUGUCAUUUUUACAAUCAUUGAUGCGCAACGAUCGACUCAUGAGAGAUGUAUCCGAAUAUGACAGAUCUGAAUGGGGUAGUUUUAGAAAAUUCGUGUUAUUCGUAUUGAACUAUUUUACUUUAAGAGCUACCUUGGCUUAUAAUUUUAUUAUCGAACCAGUGGAGAACUAUGAUUUAAGUCACGGUAAAUACCGAUGGCAUAAUUUAGCUAUUUAUAGGCCUAUUGAUAAAAUUGUUACAUUCAUUGAACUCACCGUUAACGCCAGUUCUGCUCAGAAUGCCACCGCAUUGGCUAGACAGCAAAAAUUCAGGGUACACAAGAUCUGCCAAGCCUACAAGCAAAUUAGAUUUAUUGGUAUUAAUAUAGCAUUAAAUAAAACUGUUCAAAUAAACGUAGAUUAUACGUGA